AUGACAUGGACUUGGGUAACUUUAGGGAACUCGGCCACUCCGUUGCAACGGAGAACAAACAAUGCAGUUUUGGUAAUGAGGUUUUUGCCAGAUUCCAGUGGAACGUUUUCGCUUCCGUCACCUUCGUACGACAACAAACAGUUGGCAGAAUCAGUUGUUGAAAGACUUGAGUCCACAGCCACUUCUAGAGUCAGGAAAAGGUCGAGACCUAUUCCCAGCACGUCGAAUCCUGGACCGAUAUUGGCCGAGGAGGCUGGAACACGAAUGAUAAACUUAUCCAUAUUGAAGGAAAAUUUUUCAACGUGCAAACGAAACACGAAUGACGGGGGCAGGAAACGUGUAACGUUCAAGAGGGGGAACCGCUACUAG